UUUGUAUAUGGGAGGGUUUUUUACUAAUCUUCAAACGGUCAUACUAUCUCCAAAUCAUAAACAAAAACAUCAAAUAAUUAUAAUUUCAUAAUGAAUCCGCUGACAAAUAUGAAAAAUGUGCUCAAACUGAGCGAGCACGAACUGCAACAUGGAGGGAAAAAGAGCUGGCACGACAUGUACAAGGACUCUGCCUGGAUUUUCGUUGCUGGAUUUCCGUACGUGCUUACCGAGGGAGAUUUGAUCUGCGUGUUUUCCCAGUACGGCGAAGUGGUCAACAUAAAUCUAGUUCGCGACUCCAAAACUGGGAAAUCCAAGGGCUUUUGUUUCCUGUGCUACGAGGACCAGAGAUCCACAGUUUUGGCCGUUGACAACCUAAAUGGCAUUAAGAUCAUCGAUAGAACCCUGAGAGUGGAUCAUGUAGCGGACUACAAACCUCCCAAAGAUAACGAAAAGAUGGAUGAAGAGACUCUGCGACUUUAUAUGGAGGGUUGUGCACCAAAACCCCAAAUUGAACACAUCAAGUCUGAGAAAAAAAAGGAUACCAAAAAGUACAGAUGAUAAAAGUGCAAUAAUCUUUAGAGCAUUAGAGAAACUCUUAUUCAUACAUUUCUUACAAAUUACAGUCCUAAGCACAACUAAAAUCUAACGACAACUUCAUUUUUGUAGCCGAAAAACAAAAUAGAACAUUAAGAAAUUA